AUGUCAGGAGGAGAAAUAUCGUGACAACCUGCCCCCUACCAGUGUCAUCAUUUGCUUCCACAACGAGGCCUGGAGUGUGCUUCUGAGGACGGUCCACAGCAUCCUUGAUCGAUCUCCACCUCACCUCAUCACCGAAAUCAUCCUUGUAGACGACUUCUCGGACUUGCCUCACUUAGGAAGGCAGCUUGAAGACUAUAUCGUCCACCUUCCGAAAGUGAAAAUUGUUCGGGCGAGAAGACGAGAGGGUCUAAUCCGUGCUCGCCUCCUGGGUGCCUCUGUGGCUAAAGCUCCCAUACUCACGUAUCUGGACUCCCACUGCGAAUGCGCAAAAGGUUGGCUAGAGCCACUUCUUCAACGCAUUGCCAACAACUGGACGACUGUUGUAUGUCCAGUUAUUGACGUUAUCAACGAUGAUACGUUCGAAUUUCACUUCCGAGACUCUGACGGCAUAAACGUGGGCGGGUUUGACUGGAAUCUUCAAUUCAAUUGGCAUGCUGUUCCUGAGAGGGAAAAGAAGAGACGAGAACACUCCUGGGACCCAGUCUGGUCUCCCACUAUGGCCGGAGGUCUCUUUUCCAUUGACAAGAGGUUUUUCGAGAAACUUGGAACAUACGACAGCGGAUUCGAUAUAUGGGGUGGAGAAAACUUAGAACUUUCCUUCAAAACAUGGAUGUGCGGUGGAACUUUAGAAAUAGUCCCUUGUUCACAUGUUGGCCAUAUCUUCCGCAAGAGAAGUCCUUACAAAUGGAGAUCGGGCGUAAACGUGCUAAGAAGAAAUUCUGUCCGACUGGCUGAAGUAUGGCUUGAUGAUUAUAAAAAAUACUACUAUCAAAGGAUAGGAAAUGAUCUGGGUGACUAUGGCGAUAUUCAAUCCCGAAAGGACCUUAGGAAUAAACUGCAAUGUAAAUCUUUCGAUUGGUAUUUGAAAAAUAUUUAUCCCGAGUUGUUCAUACCUGGUGAAGCAUUAGCAUCUGGAGAGGUGAGAAAUCUUGGUGAAGGAGGAGAUACAUGCUUAGAUAGUCCAGCUAGAAGAGACGAUCUCCACAAACCAGUAGGUUUAUGGCCUUGUCACGGUCAAGGCGGUAAUCAGUAUUGGAUGCUGAGUAAAGAAGGUGAAAUCCGGCGAGACGAAUCCUGUCUGGAUUACGCCGGGAAAGACGUUAUUUUAUACCCCUGCCACGGAUCCAAAGGCAACCAGCUGUGGUUUUACGAUGCCAACACACAUACUAUUCAGCAUGGCAGCAGUCGGAAGUGCCUGGAGAUUUCUACCGACAAGCAGCGCCUGCAGAUGUCUGAAUGCAACGGCAGUGAAAGGCAGAAAUGGAGCUUUCAGAAUUAUGAUCCCUCCAAACUGGCUCCCGCAGCUUCUCGUUUAUAGUCAGAUAUCGAUUAUUCAUCCAUCAUCAUCGUCAUCCUAUUCAUUGUCACUUUGCUGGAUCUGCAUCCUUCUGUUCCAAGAUGGACUGACUGCCAAAGACUUCUACAGUGGAUAUAAAUUGUUCCUGAUGACGAAGGCUGCUUUUGAAACAGACAAGGCAAAUUGAUCGGAUACACAUACUUGCCCAAUCAGCAUUGCCUUUUACAAUGCCCCCACUAGUCUGCCAAAUAUUAAGCAGAAACUACCGACUGUAGAAUGAAAAUUUAUUGACAGUUUAUUCCACAUUCCCGUGCAAAACAUUUUUAAUUAGAGACUAAUCUUCCACAAAAUUAGAAAAAAAAAACACAUAGUCCAGGGAUUGUGUAUUAUAAUGAAAUGUUCUUACAAAACAGGGACCGUUGCGUAAUGUUUCCGUUCUUUAUUGUGUUUGAAAAUGUUUAUUCUAAUACAGGAAAGUGCCUUAAGAAGAUUCCUGUAUUCAAGACAAAGGAAUCGGAACUGACGAAUUAUAAAGAAUAAAGAAUACUGGAGUUAUAUACUUAUAACAUUCCAUUAUGUAUCUAACUGCAUUAAUGACUAAAUGAGAGCACUUUUAUUACGAAGAGCACUAAACUGUUUAUGUAUGAAGUAUGAAAUUCUGAUUCAUGAAUAGAAGAGGUUGUGGGUUACUUCUAAAAUCUUCAUUAUUUUUGUACGAAACUGACUGUGAUUUGGGUGUUUAUAUUUUGAUAGAAGCUGUGAAAGCAGAUUUUGAGUAAUAGAAUUCAAGGAUUCUUAUAGUUGUUUGAUUUUUUUUUUUUUUUUUUUUUUGUAGCGUUCUGGCUCUGAGACGAUAGCAGUCGUAGAAUGGGAACUUUAUGAAAUUAAAAAUUUUUUAAAGCUUAAACAUAUUUUCUAAUCAAUAAUUCACCAAAUGUUAUUCCUAAGCACUUUUGUCUCAAGUAUUGAGGUCUCAGAAAAUAAAAAAUGUAUGGUUAUUUAAAUUAUAUACAAUUUAAAAUGAAGAAUAUUAUAUACAAUUAAUAUAUAUAAAAUAUUAUAUACAAUUAAAAAAUGAAGUUUAUUAAUUUUAAAUGAAACAUUCUAUACAUGUAAUUUUCGAUAGAGAGGAAAAGUAAAGAAUUCAUUCAUAGAUUUAAUUUGUAUCUAAAUUAAAUACAGAGAUUAUUAGUUUUGUUAUUACUUAAUUACGGGAGUAUUACUUAAAUUUCUUGAAUACAUUUUAUUAAAAACAAUAUCUCUGAUUUUACAUGAAGAUAUGCAAACAACUUAAAUUUUGGUACUUACUUCUCAGUGCAAUGUCUGUUAUAGUCUAUUACAUAAAUCUAGUCAAUUUAUUGAUCUAUUAAAAUGAAUAUAUAUACAUACAUACACAUCUUUAUGUGUAAUAUAUGUAUUAUAUUGUUUGUACUAUUUAUUAUUUGCAAGUUUGAAUGAUUAAAAGUGCAAAAUGUUAUGUAAUUAUUUUCGAUAUUAAUAUCAAAAAUUCGGUUAUAAUUAAUAUUAUUACAUCGCAUUAUUGUUUCAUAAAAUAGUAUUUAUUAUUUAUUAAGUAAAAAUGUCAGUUAUUAUUUGUGCUUUAAUGCAAUUUGCAUAUUUUUAGAUUAUUUGGAAGAUUUGUUUAGCUUAUUUAUAAAAUUAUUUGGAACUUGAUUAAAUUUGUAAAUUUUAUAAUCAUUUGAAGCUAUAGCUGUGUUAAAAAAAAUUAUAGAACUCGGUAUUCAAAUAUCUUGGAAAUAUGGAAAAUUAUGUUAAUGCAGACAGAAGAAAUAAGUUUCGAUGAAAUAUUUAUAGAAUUUCACAGUCAUAAUAUAGCCCAAAAUAUGUCUCAUACAUCUCAAUAUUACUAUUCUUACUGUAUCAGAAAAUAAUAUGUAUAAACAUAUGAUAGUAUUUAAGCUGCUUAAGUCAUAUUUGUAAUGCAAAAUCAUUUCUUGUAAAUAAAACUUAACUUACACAAUUAUAUUAAAACUGGUCUGAGAAAGUUAUAUCGUUAUUAUUUAAACUUAAUAGUAAUAAUUUGCUUAGUUUGACACUAUUAUUUCCUGAUAUCAAUCAAGCAUUUAGAAUAAGAUUCGACUACACGUUUUCCAUGCUUAUUAUAAAAUUACGAUCACAUAUUACAUAUAUAUAAUUUUCUUUUAAAUAAAAUAAAAAAAUAUGAAUCAAUUUUUCUAUAAUUGUUUUAACUAACAUUAUUAUAUAACAUUUUUGAGUAAUUCAUUCUUAUAGAAAACUUAUUUACAUCAGAACGUAAAUUAUUUAAAUUUUACUUAAUAAAAUUUAUUUAAUAAUGUAAACUAAUAAAUCAAGCCAUGGAGAUUAAGUUUAUGAUUUUGAUUUAUAAUAUUUUAAAUUUUAAAUUAGCUUUAUAUUCUGAAUUUCAUUUAAUUUGCUGUUUAGAUAAAAGUUAAUUUAUAGUUAUUUAACAGUUAGAUUUCAUCUGAAAGUUAAAUUCAUUAAUUUACAGUCAAACAAAAUAUUAUAGUCAUAUCUGUUUCUAAACAAGUCACAUUUCAGUUCUUGACGAAAUACUGUGCUAAAUAAUUUGUUGGGCUAUAUCUUAAAAUGAAUUAUAAAAUUCUAUUUGAAAUAACAUGCAGUUGCUUGAUACAAAUGUUAAAUCAAGUGUUUAAUUUUAAUCAAUUAUUUUAGUAUUUUCUGUAUCUUACGUGAAAUACUUUUGUAUACCCGAAUUAUAUAAUUAAAUAUUUUGAGCAAUAUU